AUGAGGAAUUGUACACGUUUAUUUCUUCUUCUUGCUCCAUCAUUAAUUGCACUUGGUUUACUUGGUGUAGCAUUUAGUACACAUUGGUGGUCAAAAUCAUUAGAAAAAUAUAUUCCAGAAGAAAUUUCGUCAAAUAUUUCAAAUGAUGCUCGACUUUAUUCUACAUUAAUACCUAUAGUACGUUCACGUGGUUUAUUAAGUGAACAUAUUAAAUAUCUUAAUAUUCCAAUACUUGUUUCGAAUUCAUUUGAUUUUCGUGAAGAAAUAUCUCGUGAAGAUCAAUUAAAAUUAUCGAAUGAGAAUUGUUCAAAUACUCAAUUUACGUGCCAAAAAGGUGUAGCUAUAUCACGUCCAUUAACACGUUGUAUUGAUCAAGGACAAAAAUGUAAUCGUAUAAUUAAUUGUGAAGAUAAAAGUGAUGAAUUAUAUUGUGACAGAAAUUUUCAAAAUAAUGAUUGUCCACCUGAUCAUACGUUCUGUCCUGAUGGAAAAGUUUGUUAUCGAAAAGAUGUACAAACAUGUGAUGGAGUUUCAAAUUGUAUUGAUGAUUCAGAUGAAAAAGAUUGUAGUGAAAACAAAUGUUCAUCAAAUAAACAUGUUUAUUGUCCACGAGAAAAAAGAUGCGCACGACGAGAUAAUUCCUAUAGAUGUGAUGGUAUUGUUGAUUGUGAAGAUAAUUCAGAUGAAGAAAAUUGUUCAAAAUGUAAUGGAGAUUCAAAUGCUUUUAAUUGUGAUUCAAAAUGUUUUCUACCAAAAUAUCGUUGUGAUGGUAUUGUUCAUUGUUCUGAUUUUCGUGAUGAAUUACAUUGUGGUGAUUAUUCCAGUAAAUCACAUUCUCCGAAUUCUGUUUAUCAUGAAGAUCCAUUGUAUGAAGAAAAACGUUUAAAUCCAUUUAAUGUUUAUCCACCAAAAUAUGAUUUAUCAUCAUUAGAAUCUUAUCCACAACCAAAUCAACGUGCUGACUAUCUUAAUCUUAUCUAUUAUUUACAAUUAGGCGCUUUCUAUGGUAUUACAGGUGGAUUAAUAUUUCUUUUCUUUUCAAUAAUGUCAUUAUUCUUUUUUGUUUGCUGUCAUGAUAAAUGUAUACGUGCACCAUUUUAUCUGUAUAGUUUCUGGACAUUAUUAGCAUUAAUAUCGAUUUGUCUUGGUUUAUUAACAUUUGUUAAUAUAUGGUUUUGGAAACAACAAAAUUCAUUAGAUUAUGAAAAUAAUUCACCAUUUAAUAUUAUGCUAUAUCAAAGAAAUCCUUCAUUACAAUAUAUUGAAUGUUUUGGUUUAAGUUUUUGGUUAGCAUGUGGUGCAGCAUUAGCAACAUUUAUUAGUUUAUUAUUAUCAUGCUGUAUUUGUUGUACAAUUGGUUCAUCACGUUCAGAAAAUAAAGAAUAUGAAAUAAUGCAUAUGCAAAAUUAUUAA